CUCUGUCACAAAUUAUAGAUAAAUAGUGUCAUUCUAAUUAAACAAAAUAAAUAAAAAAUGGGCAGGUUUUAGUCUAAUUGUACUUUAAUGAUUUAACAGAAAUACACCAAUGCUGCUCAGAUAAAUAUAUUUUACAGUUCCAACUUGGUAUUAUAUAAAUGUGUUCACUGGGGAUUGUUUUGAAUAAGUUGCUUAAACUCAUUUGCUUGGCCUGGAACUGAAAAUCCCAGAAAACAGAGCUCAGAGAUCAUGUUUUCUGGCAAUAUAUCUCUUUGUGUGUAUUAUUAUGAGAAUCCAAGAUAAACUCCUGGGGAGGUCUCUACCAGUGUGGGGUGAACAGCAGUAGACAUGAGGCCCAUAAUGGUUUGGGGUUAAAGGUUAACUGAAACCUCAUUAUGAGCGGCCCCCACCUGGCGCAACUUCCUGAAUUUGUUCGUCAUUCACCCCAUGCAACGUCUGUGAUCAACGCAUGAACUCCGGGUUGUGAAACAACUGGAACUUUGGAGCAGCGCCCCUUUCACUGUUCCUCAUCCUGUGCCUUCUUUUUCUUUUUUUUUUUUCUCUUUCCCCGACUGUCCCCCCCCCUCCUUCCUCUGCCAACUCCCCCCAACUCUGAGCUCCUCCUCUGCUGAAAAGACACAUUUCCUGAUGUCAUUCCUAAAUCAAAACGCUGCUCUGCAAACAGAUGUUGUGAGAGGCCCAACAUGUGGAUUCAGUGACAUAAAUGAACAAGUUGGCUGUGAGAAAACCCGAACAGUAGAUUUCUUUUUCAUUCAAUCAAUGAAACCGCCUUCCUCGCACUGUUUUUCCAAAGUGGGGAAAGGUGACGGUGAGAAACGACCUCACAUUUAUAGCACGUUCAUCAGCUCCGCAAGACAUAAAAGGCAAGUUUCCCGCACAUAACCUGAUAGAAAUCUCUUAGAUAGAAAUUCUAUGUUUUCUUUAAGUGUGCACAGUUGCCUUUUCAAAACAGCUGGUCAGGUCUCACUAACAACUUGUUCCACGUUUGAUCAAAUUAACCUAAAUUUGAAAUCACGGCUGUCUGCGCAGCACACCCUGCAGAGUCAUGAUUAUAUCCAACCCCAAAACGCUAAGCCCUAAAUGUUUACUUAUGUUUCCUAUUUGGCAGAGGCAGCCCAAAAGGCAAAUAAAUCACAUGCUGUGAGCUGGCCAGGCCUUCGACUGUGAGAAACUGAGACUAAAAAGCAGAACAAGAGUUAAAGAGUAAAGGGUUUUCAGAUGUGAGUCCAGCCCCAGCUUGGGUGUGCUCCCUUUUAUUUGGGAGAAUGGAGAGGACAAUCUUAGUUGCCUCCACCCCUUUAAGAAAGGGAGAAAAUCUUCAAGAAACGUGUGCUGGAGAGGGGAAGAGCUGUUGCCAAGGCGCGGGGCCAUCAGACAGAUCUUCGAAGAACAUCUGGUAACCGCGGGUAACAUUGUUUGGACAUCUGGUAACCGAAGAUUACACUGCGUCUCCUCCAUCCUGUCGGGUUUCCUGUUAUGCCUCGCUGUACACAGACUAAGAAGUUCAGAUUUAUUAUACAUGGUCAUCAGCUGGGGACAUCGCACCUUUAUUCCUUUUUUCUGACAUGAAGGGAGCACUUGGUUUCAUUGGGGUAUUCCUCUCCUUUCUCUCGGAAAUCAUGGCAGGCUCUCACAUCCCCUUUGCUUGUGGAAAGUCUGAAAUAUGUAGAAACUAUUGUGAAAUCUGUCAAACUUAUUUUAAUGGACCAACAAUGGAAUGCCUCUCGUUGAUCUUCGAACAUCUAUGCCUGCGCGCUUUUGAGAAGGAUAUGGAGUCCUUGAACAGCACUGACUGGUGCAUUUGGGGCAAUGUGAACAGACUAUAUAGCAACUUAAGCAUUUGCACAGAGGAAAUAUCUGACUGUCUCUGUAUCCCGUGGCCCAACCCGUUGGUGGAAAAGACCUUUGUGGACAUUCAUACCAGGUUUUUCAAGGAAUGCCCCACAGAGGAUCUAAGUGAUCCCCCACCUGCCAUCAUCUUUGCCCUGGUGAUCACUCCCAUCUGCUUGAUCCCCGUCAUGGUUAGCCUGGUGGUGCUCAAGACAAAAAACGGGGACGGCAGCUCCUGAUUGAAUCUCCGCUCCGCUCGUCACUAAAAAAUGACCUACGCUCUCCUUUCCCUCACGACCUGAGGACCGCUUGUUUAUACAUUGACUGCCGCCGCGCUUCCGUUACAGACCUCGCAGAGGGCUGAAUCUUUCUGACAAGUUUACCCACUCAUCGCGAUUCAGAGGAACAUUGAAGGGACCAACCACAGGAGGACCUUAUGGAAAGACCACUCCAAUUUAAAUCAACUGUUUUGUGGCUUUAUUGUUGUCACUCUCCCUCGGCUAACCUCCGCCCAUCGGUAUCUCCUCAUCACUUUGAGAAUAAGGGCUGUGAUAGACAUUCAGUUUCCCACCACCUGAGUGGAGAUCAGGUUAAACUACUAGUCACAUCCAGUUUGCACAUACAUAUUCAGAAAACAGAACUGACAAGACAUGGUAAUAUUUUCUUACUGAAUUGCUUAACAUUUCAUUUGCAAAGUUAUUAAUUUUUUAUUUUUUUUUCUGCUGCUCAAGUUGGCUUAGAGUUGCAAAUGAGAAAACUGGAUAAAGGUGCUCAUGUAUGAUCUGAUGACAGGGCUCCUAUAUGAGUAUACAGAGGAUAGGAAUAUAAGUAGAGUCCGAUGCAUGGAUCUGGUUAUAGUGUGUGGAAGGUCAUAGGUUACAUAUGGGACACAAUGGAUGGGUGCGCCCAAAGGGGAACAUCUCCUUCUGUUUUCUAUUUUUAAACAGCGGGAAAUCUUUCAGCACCUUCCCACCUCCACGGACUAACUAACGAUCCCUCGUGGUCGUGUGAAGAUGACAAGCUGAUGGAAAGUUUGUCCCCAGACUUAAACUGUCUGUGCGACAUAGUGAUAUACACUGAGCAAUGACAAAAAGAUAAAAGUGCUAUCUUUUGCGCAGAACAUGAUACUGUGGUUAUGUAUUUUUAAGCUUUGUAUGACGAUAAAGCCAUGUGACGUGCUUUCUGAUCCUGAUGAUUGCAUAUUUAUAUACUUUAUUGUAUUUCUUUUACUGUCAACAGUUGGUGGACUUGCUAUACAGUCUGAGAGAAUACAUCCUGUCUGCUCUCACUCUAUGUACUGUAUACAUUUUUACGUAUUUCUUUAUAUUUUAAAAACCAUUAAAUCUAUAGUUGAAUCGUG